CCCCCGCCGUACCCCCAAAACCCGACCCCCCUCCCCGAGGGGUGUCCAAGGGCACCUUGGAGGCAACAGGGGAGCGGGGCCGCACCCCCCCCGCCCUGGCGACCCCGCGCCCCCCGCUGCUGGCCCAGGCAACAUGGGGGUGCCCCGAGGUGACCCCGGAGGUGGCCAAACCCCCCCCGCACCCCGUGUCCUCCCCGCACCCCUCGGCCGGGCCCCGCCGGCUCCGCUUGACCGGGACGAAGCCGUUUAAAGUGGUGACCCCCGGGGACCCCCUGAAGGCGACCAAAGGGCCCCUGAAGGCGACCGGGAGCGGGGCCGGGGGCAGCCGCCUCUCGUGGCCCGAGGGCGAGGGCAAGGGGCGGCCCAAAGCCGGGGGGGGCAAAGUGGGACCCGAGGUGGGGCCGCGGCCGUCGGGACGGGGUCGGUUCUCCCCGCACAAAGGCAAAAGCAAGACCCUGGAUUACAGCGACCUGCCCCCGGUAGCGGGGGGGUUGGCUCCGGUCCCGGCUCCCGCUGCCCCCCCCGGUGCCGCUGGUACCGAGACGGGGCUCAAACGGGGGCGCGAAGGCGGCCGAGCCUCCACCCGCGACCGCAAGAUGCUCAAGUUCAUCAGCGGCAUCUUCGCCAAGAGCCCCGCGCCCCCUCCCGCGCCCCCCUGGGCCCCCCCCCAGGCUCUGGUCAACAGUCAGGAAUGGACCCUGGGUCGCUCCAUCCCCGAGAUCCGCCUGGGCGUCCUAGGCAGCAGCAGGAGCGGGAAGUCCGCGCUCGUCCAUCGCUUCCUCACCGGCUCCUACGUGGGCCUGGAGCCCACCGAGAGUGGCCAGUUCAAGCGCGAGGUGACCGUCGAUGGCCAGAGCCACCUUCUGCUCAUCCGGGAGGAAGGAGGAGCCCCGGACCCAGAGUUCGCCGGCUGGGCCGACGCCAUCAUCUUCGUGUUCAGCCUGGAGAGUGAAAGCAGCUUCCAGGAGGUGGUGAAGCUCCACGAGCUGCUCGUCACCCACCGGGGCGCCGCUGAGGUGGCCCUGGCGCUGGUGGGCACCCAGGACAAGAUCAGCUCCUCCAGCCCGCGCGUGGUGGAGGACGCCCGGGCCCGCGCGCUCUGCGGGGACAUGAAGCGCUGCCUCUACUACGAGACCUGCGCCACCUACGGCCUCAAUGUGGACAGGGUCUUCACCGAGGUGGCGCAGAAGGUGGUGGCGCUGAGGAAGCAGCAGCAGCUCGUGGCCUCCUGCAAGUCCCUGCCCAGCUCCCCCAGCCACUCGGCCGCCUCCACCCCGGUCGGGGGCUCCCACCCUGGCCAGACCAGCAACGGCCACACCAGCGACUACUCGUCCUCGCUGCCGUCCACCCCCAACGUCACCCACCGGGACCUGCGCAGCGACACCCCCGUGGCCCCAGGGACCCCAAGCUCCCUGCACCGUGGGGCCAAGCGCCGCACCAGCCUCUUCGCCACGCGCCGCGGCAGUGACUCGGACAAGCGGAGCCUGGAGGGCCCCGGCACCGCCCGCUCCGUGCCCAUCCCCAUCAAGCAGAGCUUCCUGCUGAAGCGCAGCGGCAACUCCCUCAACAAGGAGUGGAAGAAGAAAUACGUGACCCUGAGCAGCAACGGGCUCCUGCUCUACCACCCGAGCGUGAACGAUUACCUGCACAGCACCCAUGGGAAGGAGAUGGAUUUGCUCCGCACCACGGUCAAGGUCCCGGGGAAGCGGCCCCCCCGCGCGAUCUCCGCCUGCGGCCCCGCCCCCAGCGCCAACGGGCUCCUGCGGGACGAUGGGGGUGCCGUGGGGCUCAGCCUCCCCCCGGAGCCGGGGCUGAAGGUGCCGGGUAAAGCCGAGCGGUCGCUGCAGCGCUGCGCCUCCGCCUCCAGCGCCAGAGUCACCUCCGAUGCCCCCUUCGAAGCCAUCUCCAGCCCCGGCAGCACGGGCCGGGACCCGCCACCGUCACCGCUCAUGGACAGGAAGAAGCACCGGCGGAAGAAGCUGAUGACACCGUCCAAGACGGAGGGUUCUGCCGGGCAGGCAGAAGCCAAGCGCAAAAUGUGGAAGCUAAAAAGCUUUGGUAGUUUAAGAAAUCUGUAUAAAACAGAAGAGGAGAACUUCGAGUUCCUCAUCGUGUCCAGCACGGGGCAGACGUGGCACUUCGAGGCGAGCAGCUUUGAGGAGCGCGACGCCUGGGUGCAGGCCAUCGAGAGCCAGAUCCUGGCCAGCCUCCAGUGCUGCGAGAGCAGCAAGAACAAGGCUCGCAUGGACAGCCAGAGUGAGGCCGUGGCCAUCCAGGCCAUCCGCAAUGCCCGCGGCAACUCGCUCUGCGUGGACUGCGGGGCACCCAACCCGACCUGGGCCAGCCUGAACCUGGGCGCCCUGAUCUGCAUCGAGUGCUCGGGGAUCCACCGCAACCUGGGCACGCACCUCUCCCGCGUGCGCUCGCUGGACCUGGACGAUUGGCCGCGGGAGCUGACCCUGGUGCUGACCUCCAUCGGCAACGCCACCGCCAACAGCAUCUGGGAGAAGAGCCCGCAGGGCCGCAGCAAACCCACCCCCGAGGCCUCCCGGGAGGAGCGAGAGGCCUGGAUCCGGGCUAAGUACGAGCAGAAGCUGUUCCUGGCACCGCUGCCGGAGGCCGAGGGGCCGCUGGGGGAGCAGCUCCUCCGAGCCGUGCAGGACAAGGACCUGGAGCUGGUGCUGCUGCUCCUGGCCCACAGCAAGAAGGAGCAGCUCAACGUCCGCGCUGGGGACGGGGAUGGGCGCCCGGCGCUGCAUGUGGCCUGUGACAUGGGGCUCGUAGUCAUCACGCAGCUGCUGCUGUGGCACGGAGCCGACGUGCGGGCGCGGGACGGCCGCGGGCACACGGCGCUGUUCUAUGCGCGCCGCGCCGGCAGCCGGGAGUGCGCCGACAUCCUGCUGCAGCACGGCUGCCCCGGCGAGGGGUUCGCCGACAGCGCCGACAGCGCCGACAGCGCCCCCGGCCCCCGCCGCAGGAGCAGCUGCGGGCCCUGCGAGCCGCACACCGCGCUCGUGUAGCCACGGCCCCCCCCGGGCUUGCGGGUGAUGCCACCAGCCCCUGGUGUCACCCGCCCCCCAACCCCGGUGCCACCGGCCCCGGUUCGCGGUCCCGAGGCUCUAUUUAUUACCCGGCUCCUGCUGGGAGCUCUCCGGGUCUCCCGGUCCUGUCCCUCUGCCCGUGCCAGGUCCCAGCACCCAGCGCUGGUGGCGCCGUGGUCACCCCCCUGUAUAUCGGUGUGGGGCACCGAUGGGGACAGCGCUGGUCGUGUCACACUGCCCAUGUCACCCCAUUCAUGUCAUCCUGCCUAUGGCACCCCACUGACAUGGGUGUCCCCCCCCAUGGGUCCCCACCUCUCCCCAUGGGUCCCCCACCCCGAGUCCCCGCCCCUGGCACCGGCACCGCGACAGGAACAGCCCCGACCCCAUUUUCUACAGACCCUUUUGUACAACCCCCCCCCAAACUGUGCCCUGACCCCCCCUGAACCUGUGACAACCCCCCCGAACCCCCCUUUUGUCACCAUCCCCUUGGGAUCCUCGUUAAUUUAUUGCUUCGUUUCACCGUUGGACGGUGGUGGGGGCACACAUGGGCCUGGGGGGGGCCCAUCCCAUGCCCCCCACCCCUGGGACCCCCCCAUGAAUGUAGGGGUGCCCCUCGCUGUGACGCCCUGGCAGCGCCGGUGGGACUGAGCCAGGGCCCCGGGGCUUGGGGGGAUCAGGGGCGUCGUGGCAUGUCACAGCGUGUCAUGGUGUGUCAUGGCGUGCUUUGGCGUGCCUUGGCGUGCCGUGGCGUGUUGUGGCAUGUCAUGGCGUGUCAUGCCAUGCCGUGGCGUGUCAUGGCGUGUACAGCGGUUUCGGGUUGUAACUGUAAGUACGUAACAAUGUUGGAUUUGGCGCUGUGA